UUCACGCGACCCUUCUCAAUAAAUCGCAAAUGUUCUGUUGAACUCUGAGGGGGGAACACACAGUUAAAUAAAGUUAUGGCUCAUUCAUCCUCAAAGGAACGGGUCCUGCUAUGUCGAUGUAUAUGUCAAGGAAACUUGAAGUAGAAGCAGCCUAUUAAGUGCACUAUCAAAAGGACAGUGUGCACCUAAAAUGUAGGAAUCUCCCAUCUAGCUCUUCGAGCGCAAAACACCAUCGAUAUUACUUACUAUUUGAGAUCAAGAGGAAAAUACUUCAAAAUCUGAUGGAAGAUUAAGGUGCAAGGCUAACCUUGACACAGCUGUAGAUGUAUCUCCCUAUCCAGACACAGCAGAGGAUGACGCUACAGAUCUUUUGAAUUCUCUCUGCUGCUGCUGCUUUCACCAUGCUACCUAAAGAACACAACAGCGAGCCCAAGGCUGCCAAGCUCAGCCUGUUCAACAGAAAUAACGCCCUGAAUGCCUGUAUGAAGAAAGAGGAGAAUAAAGAGGAGAUUCAUUAUGAGGAUUCCCCAGAUGGUGGCUGGGGCUGGAUGGUCGUACUUCACUGCUUCCUGGUGAAUGUGCUGGUGAUGGGGACCCUGAAGACGUUUGGGAUCUUCUUCGUGACAUUCCAGGAUGAGUUCGGAGGGUCGGCAGAGAGUAUCAGCUGGAUCGGCUCGAUCAUGUCUAGCCUGCGGCUCUCUGGAGGUCCCCUGGCCGCUGUAUCGUGUGCGAAGCUGGGGAACAGAGUGACCUCUAUAGCUGGGGCUGUGCUGGUCAGUGUUGGCUUCCUCAUGAGUGUCUUUGCCACCAGUGUGGUAUUCCUAUACAUCAGCAUGGGGCUGAUUGUGGGCCUUGGUUUUGCACUCCUGUACCAAGCCACCUCUGUUGUCACGGCAACAUAUUUCCGUAAGAGGUUAGCGACGGCAUACUCCAUCGGGCGGUCUGGGAUGGGCUUGACCUUCGCCCUCGCCCCCUUCACUCAGCUGCUGCUGGAUCAGUAUGCCUGGCAAGGAGCUCUGCUGAUCCUAGGAGGCCUGAUGUUAAACCUGGUGGCCUCUGGGAUGCUGCUAAGACCCAUCCACAUUAAGCCUGCACCACCCCCUUCCUCAUCCUCAUCUUCAUCCAUCCAAAAAAGCCCUCUGAUAGAUCCAGAGAAGGAGAAGGACCGCCCUAAGAAUGGAUGCUGCUUUAACAGAUCCACAAUGUUAACCAAUGGCAUCACCAAAUCAGACUCUUCUCCUUCCACUCCACAACCCCUGCAUUGGGACAAUGAGACCUCAGAGAAGGUCUCUGCACAUGGGUUGGGUCAGAGCAACUACACCCCCCCACCUCCACCAAACCCUGAACUGACCAAGCUGGUACAAAACCGUGUGAACAGGCACGUUCAGGAGGCAUCCCCUCCCACAGCCACCAUAGACAGCCCCAGCCUCAUGGAACAGAACGGUACCAUUAGCCUAAACGGUUCCGCUGUGUUUGGGUUCUCCUCACCUAAUGGUUCUACCACUGUGGAUGAUCACAUCCCACCGGCUGUGAAAAAUAACAGAGUCCUCGACUUCUCCCUGUUGAAGAACCCCUUCUUCUGCAUCUACACUUGGUCCGUGGUAUUCAGCCAGCUGGCUUACUUCAUCCCCUACUUCCACUUGUCUGCCCGGGCCAGGAACCUGGGUAUAGAUGCCAUGGAUGCUUCCUUCAUCAUCUCUGUGGCAGGUAUCACAGAGACUAUAGCCCAGCUAGGCUCUGGUUGGCUAGCGGAUAAGAACCCGUUCCAUAAGUACCACUACCACAAGGCCUACCUGAUCCUGUGUGGAGUGGUCAACCUGUUUGCCCCGCUGGCUAACACCUACAUCCUGCUCAUGGUUUAUGCUGUCUUCUUUGCCAUCUUCUGUGGCGGUUACAUGGCACUGCUACUGCCUGUCCUGGUGGAUCUGGUAGGACAAGAGAAACUCAACAACUCCAUGGGAUUUUCUAUGUUCUUCGUAGGCCUUGGCUGUCUGACAGGACCUCCUCUCGCAGGUUUCCUGUAUGACUACACCCAGACCUACGACUGCUCCUUCUACCUAGCGGGGGUGUGUUACCUGCUCUCCUCGGUCUCUCUCUUCCUGGAGCCCGUGGCGAGGAGGUGGCAGAGCAGAAAGAGGAGACGCGAGGCCCGCGAUGUAGACACCAGCUGGAAGACUAACGGAUGCUUCUGCCCUGAGCUUCCUGUCCUAAAGAACAGCAACAACAAUGGCGUCGUCUAGAGGGUAGUUUCACCCCAGCUAGCACAUUUGGUUCCUUGGAAGUUCGUAUGCAAAAUAACCAUAGGGCAAUCACCAUGCCUUAACAAUCACUACGGGAGCAGUAUGCUAGCCGGGGGACAUUACCAUACUCUCCUUCGUUAAGCCUGGAAUCAUGUAGAUGGAGGGAGGACUGACUGACUGUCUGACUGAGGAGAAAGCCAAGGAACACCCAACUGACUGUCUGACUGACUGACUGACUGUCUGACUGACUGUCUGACUGACUGAGGAGAAAGCCAAGGAACACCCAACUGACUGUCUGACUGACUGUCUGACUGACUGACUGACUGUCUGACUGUCUGAGGAGAAAGCCAAGGAAUACCCAACUGACUGUCUGACUGACUGACUGACUGUCUGACUGUCUGAGGAGAAAGCCAACGAAUACCCAACUGACUGUCUGACUGACUGUCUGACUGACUGUCUGAGGAGAAAGCCAACGAAUACCCAACUGACUGUCUGACUGACUGUCUGACUGACUGUCUGACUGACUGUCUGACUGACUGUCUGAGGAGAAAGCCAAGGAAUACCCAACUGACUGUCUGACUGACUGACUGACUGACUGUCUGACUGACUGACUGACUGACUGACUGACUGAGGAGAAAGCCAAGGAAUACCCAACUGUCUGACUGACUGACUGACUGACUGACUGAGGAGAAAGCCAAGGAAUACCCAACUGACUGUCUGACUGACUGUCUGACUGACUGUCUGACUGAGGAGAAAGCCAAGGAACACCCAACUGACUGUCUGACUGAGGAGAAAGCCAAGGAACACCCAACUGACUGACUGUCUGACUGACUGUCUGACUGAGGAGAAAGCCAAGGAACACCCAACUGACUGUCUGACUGAGGAGAAAUUAUGACCACAGCAAAGUUACUGUAAUAGCUUAAAAAUGGUUGUAGAUAUAACGAAGACUUUUCCUUCAGUCCAUAAAGAGAGGCAGCAAAUGGAGAAUCCCGUUUUGUAACUGUUUGAAUACGAGACAAAUGUACACUUAUUCUGCUAGGCCACAUGUUAUCCUUCAUGUUCCCAUGGCAUCGCCUGACGCCUGCUACACAAAUCUCAUUGUAGUGUGGACUAAUGUGGCUGGAACACUUGACGUCAUUUUUCUCUCUCCCCGGUAUGAGGAGGAAUUGAACAACACAACAAACUUCUAACACAACCACCAUUGUCUAUUCAAUCACAUCCUAUAUUCAUCAGAAACGGUACACCUCUGUGUUAAAUACAGUAGAACGUACAGUACAACGUACAGUACACCCACGAAUGAGUCUUGGGUUCCGUCCCAAAUGACACUGUAUUCCCUAUAUAGUGCACUACUUUUAACCAGGGCCCACAGGGGUCCCAUAGGGGCUGGUCAAAAGUAGUGCACUAUAUAGGGAAUAUAGGGUGUAUUUUUUUUGGCACGCAGGGCCCUAUACACAGAAAAAUGUUGAGAUCAUGUUAUAUAUGACAUGGGUUACUGUAUGUACCAUAUAGAUGAUGCACCAUAUGUCUGGUAUAUACAGUUCAUUCAGAAAGUAUUCACACCCCUUUGACUUUGUACACAUUUUGUGGAAUUAAAAUAGAUUUUAUUGUCACUUUUUCUUUGUCAAUGAUCAAAUGUGAAAGUCGAAGAAACCCCCACCCCCCACUAAUAUAUCUUGAUUAGAUAAAUAUUCAACCCCCCUUGAGUCAAUACAUGUUAGAAUCACCUUUGGCAACGAUUACAGCUGUGGGUGAUUUUGGGUAAGUCUCUAAGAGCCUUUUUUGCAAAACUUCAAGCUCUGGUUGUUGAUCAUUGCUAGACAGCCAUUUUCAAGUCUUGCCAUAGAUUUUCAAGCUAAUUUAAGUCAAAACUGUAACUUGGCCACUCAGAAAUAUUCAAUGUCGUCUUGGUAAGUAACUACAAAGUAUAUUUGGCCUUGUGUUUUAGGUUGUUGCCCUGCUGAAAGGUGAAUUUGUCUCCCACUGUCUGGUGGAAAGCAGACUGAACCAGGUUUUCCUUUAGGAUAUUGCCUUUGCUUAGCUAUAUUAAAUGUAUUUUUAUCCUAAAAAACUCCACAAGCAUACCCAUAACAUGAUGCAACCACCACCAUGCUUGAAAAUAUGUAGAUUGUAACUCAGUGUUGUGUUGGAUUUGCCCCAAACAUAACACUUUUGUAUUCAGGACAAAAAGUUUAUUUCUUUUUGAAAUAUUUAUAUUCUGUACAGGCUUCCUUCUUUUCACUCUGUCAUUUAGACUAGUAUUGUCGAGUAACCAAAAUGUUGUUGAUCCAUCCUCAGUUUUCUCCUAUCCCAGCUAUUAAACUCUUUUAAAACUCUGUUUUAAAAUGAUCACCAUUGGCCUCAUGGUGAAAUCCCUGUUUCCUUCCUACAGUAUCCGGCAACUGAGUAAGGAAGGACGCCUGCGUCUUUGUAGUGACUGGGUGUAUUGAUACACCAUCCAAAGCACAAUUGAUAACUUCAGCAUGCUUGAAGGGACAUUCAGUGUUUGUCCAUUUAUUUCAUUUUAAUUAUCUACCAAUAGGUGCCCUUCUUUGCGAGGAAAUGGAAAACCUCCCUUGUCUUUGUGGUUCUGUGUUUGAAAUUCCCUGCUUGAAUGAAGGACCUUACAGAUAAUUGUAUGUGUGGGAUACAGAGAUGAGCAAGUCAUAAAAAAAAUCAUGUUAAACACCAUUAUUGCACAGAGUAAUUCCAUGCUACUUAUUAUGUGACUUAUUAAGCAAAUCUUUACUCCUGAACUUAUUUAGGCGUGCCAUAACAAAACGGGUUGAAUACUUAUUCUAAAAACGAAAUUUCACUUUGACAUUAUGGGGUAUUGUGUGUAGAUCAGUGACACAACAUCUCAAUUGAAUCCAUUUUAAAUUCAAGCUGUAACAACAACAAAAUUUGGAAAAAGUCAAAGGGUGUGAAUCCUUUCCAAAGGCAUGUAAGUGUUCCCACCUUGACCAUUUUCUGCCACUGUACCAAACCGUUUAGCCCAUCCCACUAAUCAAAGCCCAAUUUCACAAUACUUCACAAAUGUCUUAAUGAACAAUGUUCACAUAAUAUCACCAAGGGUUGCAGUCAAUCAGACCCAAAACUAAUAUUUUGGGAAUCGUACCGCUGCGCCACGCAAUAUACUGAACGGCUGCGCUACGCAAUAUACUGAACCGGCUGCGCUACGCAAUAUACAACAAUGGACUGCUAGAUAAAUCCACUCAUAGCGGUGCAUUUGGAAAGUAUUCAGACCCCUUCACUUUUUCCACAUUUUGUUACAUUGCAGCCUUAUUAUACAAUUUAUUAAAUUGUUUUCCCCCCUCAUAAAUCUACACACACUACCCCAUAUUGACAAAGCAAAAACAGAUUGAAUUUACCACAGAAUGCACCGGAGCUCAAUUUUGAUAUCUCAUGGUGCA